AUGGUCGUGAUCCUGCGAAGAAGAUGUCCGAUUUUAUCGAUCCCAUUAAGUAAUCAUGAUCCUUCGAAGCAAACUAUCCAUUCUUAUCGGUUCUAUUGCAAAAUGGUCGUGAUUCUUAAAAGAACAAAUUCGUUUUAUCGACCCGUCGUGAUCCUUCGAAGAGUUACAAUUUUAUCGAUCCUUCAAAGAAGAUAUCCGUUCUUAUCGAUCCCAUUAAGUGGUGAAGAUGUCCGAGCUUAUCGACCCUUCGAAGAAGAUGUCCGUUCUGAUCGAUUCCGUCAAAUGCUCUUGAUCCUUCGAAGAAGAUACUCGGUCUCGAUCCCAUCAAUUGGUAGUGAUUCUUGGAUGAAAGCUAUCCGUUCUUAUCAAUCCCGUUGCAAAUGGUCACGAUUCUUGGAAGAAU